AUGAAUCAGACAAGUCCUUCGAAAAUCACGAAGAAAAAAUUUUCCAUUGCUGUUGAAGGUAACAUUGGCAGUGGUAAAAGUACUAUUUUAUCUUUACUCGAUAAAUCAUAUUUGUGUGACGUUGUUGUUGAACCAAUUGAAAGUUGGACAAAUGUAAAUGGUCAUAAUUUACUAGCUAUGCUGUAUAAAGAUCCUGUUCGUUGGGGUAUGACUUUUCAAGCGUACGCACAAAUGACAUUAACAAAAUUGCAUGCAUUACAAACUAAAAAACCAGUUAAAGUUAUGGAGCGUUCAAUUUAUAGUGCUCGAUAUUGUUUUGUUGAAAAUUUAUAUAGAAGUAAAAUAUUACAGCAGGUUGAACAUGAAAUAUUGAAUGAAUGGUUUAAUUUUAUGACAGAGAAUGGUAGAUGCAAUUUAGAUAUGAUUAUUUAUUUGCGUACGUCUCCCGAAGUGUGUCUUGAACGUAUUAAAGCUCGAAAUCGUCCUGAAGAAAAAUCAAUUGAUUUAAAUUAUUUAACAGCUUUGAAUAAUCUACAUGAACAAUGGUUGAUUCAGAAGAAACCGUACGUUCCCUGUGCACCGGUGUUGAUAGUUGAUGCGAAUCAAAAUCAAGAAUUAGUUUAUAAAGAAGCAAAUGAAUACUUAACUAAUCUUGUUUGUUAA